AUGCACUGUGCCAAUUUCACCAUCUCCGAAAGCAUGGCAACUGUCAAAAUUGACAGCAGCGGAUUGAUCGAACGCUGUCAACGUCAAGUAUCACAGAUCACAAAUGACAGAUCGACGCUUUCAGAAACGGUCAUUUCAAGUCAGUGUUAUGAGAAUCAUUUUUUUAACUCCCGUCGUUUCUUUUACGCAUCUACCACUACACUAGUCCACUAA